AUGAGGAUGCCUGGGUGUCUUCCGCUCCUCAGGGGGCUCUGCUUGGCGCUCUGCCUGCUGACGGCUCACUCUCAUGGGGGAGAGCAGGAGCAGCCGCAGGGGGAGGUGGCUGGGGAGGGGGAGGUCCACGCCAACGUUCACGGUCGCUUUGACAAAAACAUGAUUCAGGACCAAGAACACAUUAUGGAGCACCUGGAGGGAAUCAUCGAUAAACCAGAGAAGGACAUGACGCCGCAGGAGCUGCAGCUGCACUACUUCAAAAUGCACGACUACGACGGAAACAACCUCCUGGACGGACUGGAGCUGGCUACGGCCAUCACACACGUGCACAAAGAGGAGCGAGGGGAGGACAGCGCCCCCAUGAGGGAGCAGGACCUCAUGAGCCUCAUCGACGACCAGGGGGCGCUGCAGGGGGCGCUGCAGGGGGCGCUGCAGGGGGCGCUGCAGGGGGCUCUGCAGGGGGCGCUGCAGGGGGCGCUGCAGGGGGCUCUGCAGGGGGCUCUGCAGGGGGCUCUGCAGGGGGCACCAGCAGGGGGCGCUGCAGGGGGCUCUGCAGGGGGCACCAGCAGGGGGCACCAGCAGGGGGCGCUGCAGGGGGCGCUGCAGGGGGCUCUGCAGGGGGCACCAGCAGGGGGCGCUGCAGGGGGCUCUGCAGGGGGCACCAGCAGGGGGCACCAGCAGGGGGCGCUGCAGGGGGCGCUGCAGGGGGCACCAGCAGGGGGCGCUGCAGGGGGCACCAGCAGGGGGCGCUGCAGGAUGAAUAACCUGCAUCAUAGAGAUUAG